AUGUCAACCAACCCAUUCAAAGAAAACAUGAUAUGUGACCUUGGCACUAUAAAAGCUCAAUCUCAGCUCCCCAUCUCGAUGUCAACCCCCAUCACCUGCGAGAGUCAGACGGCGGCCAACACAAAACCAACCAGACCUCGCCGCCGCAGCAGAUCGAAGGUUGUUACGGGGCUUCCCAAGAGCCUUUGUCUACCCCGCUUGUGUGGUCUUGAAAACAUUGCAUCCGUCUUGAUCGUAAGGCAGGAGUCGCCGUGGGAUACCUAUCGGAAAGUCAUUACGUAUGAGAUCGCUGGCAAAGUUACAAUUGCCACACGCCGCACCCGUCCGUCUCGCAUGGUAGCGAUCCGGACCUAUCGGAAAGAAAAUGCUCGAAGAUUAAUCUACAUAUUCGGGCGUCUUGAACACAGGAACGUUCUCUCAUUACAUGAAUGCUACAUGCACGAAGAUCUCGCGUUCUUCUUGGUUGACGACUUGCCGCUGACUCUCGCGCAUGUUGUUGCUUUUCCAUCUGUUUAUCCCAGCGAGGCAGAAUUGGGAUCGAUUAUAUGCCAGAUCCUCGACGGUGCCCGCUGUUUAGCUUUAUCUGGUCUUGCGCAUCAAUCUUUAGCCUGUGACGGUAUAUUACUUAGUAUUGACGGGAUCAUCAAGUCUCUGAGAAAUCAACCCCUCUUUGGCGGCGAGGCACCGUCCAAGCGAUGA